CGUCCAGAUGCCUGCAGCACCCGAUAAUCCUAGAACGACCCGUGGGAGCCUCUCCCCUUCACCGAUGCUGCAACUCCCGUCUGCUCACCUCCGAGUGCCCGACCCUACCGCACAUUAAUCCCGACUGAUCCGUCGCCUACCGUCGUCCCCCUCUAGUCGCCGACCAAAGCCAGCCACCGUAACGAGCUUGAUUUGCAUAUCGAAGCCCUGCCCGCAGGUGCCGCUCCGAAGGAGAUUCACCGACAUGGCGGACGUCGAUAUGACAGACGCACCUAACGCGGCUGCCUCCGCUGUCGUCAAGAAAGAACGAAAGGGCGGCGAGGUCGAUAGCAAGAAUGAUGGCAAGAAACGCUUCGAGGUCAAGAAGUGGAAUGCCGUUGCCCUAUGGGCGUGGGACAUUGUCGUCGAUAACUGCGCGAUUUGCAGAAAUCAUAUCAUGGACCUCUGCAUCGAGUGUCAAGCGAACCAGGCUUCUGCGGCUAGCGAGGAAUGCACCGUGGCCUGGGGGAUAUGCAAUCAUGCCUUCCAUUUCCAUUGCAUCUCUAGAUGGCUCAAGGCCCGACAAGUCUGUCCUCUAGACAACCGGGACUGGGAAUUCCAGAAAUAUGGCCGUUAGAAGGGAAGGACGCGUACAACUGCCGCUCCGGGGGAGACGGACGGGAACUCUGGCGCAUGCGUACCCGCGACCGUUAGUGGCUCGCCCGUACCGCUGCCUAGAGCUCACGGGAGCGGAUCCUUAUGUCACAGAUGCCGAGCAUGUUUAUGGUAGCAGUG